AUGUCGAAUCCCUCUUUUCCAGGUCGAAAUCUCUAUGCGUCCUCGAGUAAGCUCCCCGAUCGCACGGCGCAAAAGGCCGGAACCACUGUUCCCUCCCAACAGUAUCCGCAGUCUACAUUUGGGCGACGGCCCGAGCAACAAUACCAGUUCGGACAGUCUAUCGCGCCCCAGCAUGGCGCGUUGGGUGGGAGGCAGAGUAUGGAGAAAGAAUCGAACGCUCUUAGCGAAUUAAGCGAGGAACAAAGAGAUGAAAUAAAUGAAGCCGUAUGCACCGAAAUCAUCCUGCAUCUACUGUACGUUACUAAUUAUCUGCAGUUCUCAUUAUUCGACCUCGAUCGGGACCGGCACCUAGACUACCAUGAAGUGCGCGUCGCGAUGAGAUCUUUAGGGUUUUCUAUGCCCAAGCCAGAAGUCGCGCAGAUCAUGCAAUCGCAAGGGGUGCCGAAGCCACAGUUUAAGAAAGGGCCUCCAGUCAAAGGACAACAGACAUACCACUCUAGCCAGCUUCUUUUACCACAAAACGCUUUUCAACGCAUAGCGGCGCAAAAGAUAUUCGAACGCGACCCUACAGAGGAAGUUGAACGAGCCCUAUUACUAUUCGAUCCAGACCAGCGAGGCUACAUUGAAGUCGAUGAUAUUCGCAGAGUCGCUCGAGAACUGGGUGAGACGGGUCUCGAGGAUGAAGAAAUACAGGCAAUGGUGGAGGAGUUUGACUAUGACGGGACAGGAAGCGUUGCAAAAGAGGCCUUUUAUGCCAUUUGUCUGCAAUGA